GUUGCAUACAUGUAGCAUCGUCUAUAUCAUGCUUUAAUCGUCAAUCUUAUUUUAUUUUAGCUGAUAUACUCAAACUGGAUAUAUGCCAGCAAGUUAUGUUUGCGUUAACAACAAAUUAUAAUGCGCAUAAUAAAAUCAUUUAAAAGCAAAAGUUUAAUUGGAUGGCAGCCUGGCCGUUAUACAAACAAAUUUGAAGCUGUCAAAUAUAAAAGCACUUUGUAUUUUUAGUAAAUAAAUUCCGGUGGGUUUUUCUUGAAGUAAAGGACAAAAACGAAUAGAGGGUGCUCGAAAGUGUUUGAAGUAACCAUGGGCAUUUUAGAGAAAAUCUCUGAAAUAGAAAAAGAGAUAGCACGCACACAAAAAAAUAAAGCAACUGAAUAUCAUUUGGGUUUAUUGAAAGCGAAGUUAGCAAAGUAUCGAUCACAAUUACUAGAACCGUCUAAGAAGGGAGAAAAGGGCGAAGGGUUCGAUGUAUUGAAAAGCGGCGAUGCUCGAGUAGCCUUAAUAGGGUUUCCAUCAGUUGGUAAGUCUACAUUACUUUCAACAUUAACAAAAACAGAGUCGGAAGCGGCUAAUUAUGAGUUCACAACUCUUACUUGUAUACCGGGAGUUAUUGAAUAUAAAGGCGCUAAUAUACAAUUACUUGAUUUACCCGGCAUUAUAGAAGGUGCUGCACAGGGAAAAGGCAGAGGUCGUCAAGUUAUUGCCGUUGCGCGCACUGCAGAUUUGGUAGUAAUGAUGUUGGACGCCACGAAACCAAAUGUACAUAGAGAUUUGUUAGAGCGCGAAUUGGAAUCGGUGGGAAUUAGACUUAACAAACGGAAACCUAAUAUAUAUUUUAAACAGAAGAAAGGUGGUGGCUUGAGCUUUAAUGCUACCUGUUCGUUAACGCGCUGUAAUGAAAAAAUGGUACAGACCAUACUACAUUCGUUUAAAAUAUUCAAUGCAGAGGUGCUUUUCCGAGAAGAUUGCACUGAGGAUGAAUUUAUUGAUGUAGUUACUGCUAAUCGUGUUUAUUUGCCUUGCUUAUACGUGUAUAAUAAAAUAGAUCAAAUAUCUAUUGAGGAAGUAAAUCGAUUGGCUCGCGAGCCUUUUUCGAUAGUUGUCAGUUGUAAUAUGAAAUUAAAUUUAGACUAUUUGCUGGAAGCAUUAUGGGAAGCUUUGCAGUUAAUUCGUGUGUAUACCAAAAAACCAGGAGCACCACCAGAUUUCGAUGAUGGAUUAAUAUUAAGAAAGGGUGUCACUGUGGAACAUGUUUGUCACGCUAUACAUAGAACGUUGGCUGCUCAAUUCAAGUACGCUUUGGUAUGGGGAACUUCUACUAAAUAUUCCCCACAACGUGUUGGUAUUGCACAUGUAAUGGCUGAUGAGGACGUAAUCCAAAUCGUGAAAAAAUGAUAAAAAAAAACAAAAAGCACAAUGUAGGAAUGCUUAAGUUAUGCAGUUCCUUAAAUAUUACAUUCAAUUUUUUGUUUACAUCCACUUAAAUUAGUGUGUUUGAUAUUAAAUAUUUGUAUAUAUCCUCAAUAAAGGUAGGCCUUAUAAAUAUAUAAAAGC